ACGCAUGCGCAGUUGCGCAGACUACCGCUGGGCAAGGACAUAAGGAGAGUGACAUUUCUGUAACGUUGACAACGGAUUCAUAUUCUUUCUAAAUCACACAUAAAUGAGCGUCAAUCAGAUUUGGAUCCCCUCUCGCAUCUGACGCUCCACAGCAUUUCAUCAGACUCACGGAGGACGGGUUAGGUUUUGAAGGACAGACGUUUAUUUGCUGAUGAGUGAUUAAUCAGAGGCUUCGGUGGAUGGGAGAGUUCAUGCUUCGUCCUCUUUGAGCAGCUUGAUGAUGUCCUCUUACUGAGACUCCUUCGAGGUCACCUUGGCACCCUGACUUGAAUGGCUGUCUGCAGAGGGGGUGUCUCUCUUUGGGUGGGGUGUGUCAGGAACCAUGGCGGCAGGCAACAGAUGAUGAAACAGUGCUGGAAUUUAUGCCAGACAACCGAAUUUCACUUGAAUGACAACUGUAGGACCCUGAGCAGUGCAUCAUGGGCCUUGGCUCCUCCGAACAGUCUGCAUUACUUGUCCAUUAAACCGCCAUCCCUGUCCCAUCCCUUCCACCACGCAUGCCAGCCGAACCCAGCGGCCAGCCUAGAGGAGGAGGAAUGGGAGGAGGCCAUCAGUUUGCCUGUCCUGCUUAAACCUGGAGAGACUGAUGAGCAGCAUGUUGUGGUGGAAGUGCCCUUUCUCGGGCUGGCCAAACUAAGCGAGCUCCUUGCUUUGGGAACCAACAGACCCUUUGACUUGCUUUUUCCUUUAACCACUGUUAAUGGAAGCAGAGAGGAUGAUAUUAGCAUUACCUUUAAGUUAGAGACUGAGGAAAACCAGCUGACGGAGAGAGGCUCCUUCAGGAGUCUGUUUGAGACAGAGGGAUGUCCUGCGCCUUUUACUUUGGGAUCUCGCUUCUUUUGCUUUCACUGCCCCGGGAUGGAGUCUGUUUCGGAGAUUGUGGAUAAAGCAGUAAAGGGACAGGACGAGCAGAGCUUCUGUACGGCCCUCAGUGUCACACAUUAUAGCCAUGCUGAGACUGAGAGAGUGGACAAGAGCUCCAGCCAGAGAGACGUGGAGGAUGAGGAGAAACUGGCCCUGAUGCAUGAAAAGCUGAGGGUGGAGCUUCCCAGUUUCUUUGUGAAAAAUCAUGACUACAGUAUAUACUCUGAAGAUGUUGAGUUCAUAAAUGGUCUUCUGAACACCAAAACAAGGGGUCGUGUAGCGUACCAGCUGACUCUGACGCUCUGGCGAUUGAUGUGUCUGUGUUACUAUGCGGAGGCUCAGCUGGAAGUGCUGAAGCUGACCAAGCAUCCAGAAGACGGCUCCAUCAAAGCUCGCUGGAGAGUCAAAGGCCUGCCCUUCCACUCCAUUCUUGUCUUCUUCUACAAGAAAGACAAGAGCCACCUCUACAGAACAUAUGAUGCAUUCUCCACCUUCUAUGUUGGCUCUGAUGGACGGAUUCACCGGCAUAAAGUUGAAAAGGUUAUGGAGGCUCGUCCUCCCUUGCUGCCCAAAGUGACCUCAGUGCUGGCCGGGGCUCUGGUGGCGCUGGGCAUUCAGGAGCACCGGCUCGCUCUCAAUCUGCCCCCACUCCUGCUGUCCUCCCUCCGACAGACCCGAGCCUGGGCCGCAGAGCAGGACCAGAGCCAUUAAAAAGACUGAAAAAGAUGCAGCACUGUAUUGUGUGGGUUGAGUGAAUGAGAUAAUGAAAACUAGUUUUUGGGGGGGAAAUCGGGAAUCUGUUCUCACUUGAAACAGUCUUCUUUGUGCGGUCUUUAAUUUCCAUUGUUUGAAUAUCACCAAACUGGUUUCAGAGACAAUAUAAUACAUGAGGCCUAGGAGGUUAACUAACACAGCUGUUAACAGGCAGAUUUUGAUUACCCAGUACUGUACAGGUACAUUCAAUGCUAUCUGUGGAAAUACAUUUAGGCAGUUCAGCUGUAAAACUGGCUUUUAAAGCACAUGCCAGAUAAAAGGUGAAGACGGUUCAGCUCACAUUCAUAGAAUUGAAUCAGCAGAGGAAUUGGUCAUGAUAUUUAAAUAUUGAUCAGCUUACAUUUUGUAUUUAUAUAUUAAUUGGAGUUCUCAUCAGUUGAAUUGGUUUAAUGGUACAUGAAAACCAGCUGUUUCAUUUAGUAGCAGUGCAGGAUUGCAGCCUUUUUGGUGACCUUUAAGGGAAAGUGAUGCCAGAGACUGCCUUUGAGCAUCGAGAGUUUAGUUUUCUGUCUGGACUUGUUCUUGUUUGCCCUUACUUUCCAUGCUUGAAUUGUUUUCAAUGUGCAAGUCACAUAGAAGUUAUCAACCAAUAUGGCUCCCUGCAUAAUUACAUUGCCAAAUCUGCACUGGUCUUGCCAUGCCGUCCAUGUAAAUUAAGCACUCUUAUUUGAAAGACACAAGCUUUCAUAUUCUUUCCCAUUGAAGUAUAUUCAGAAGUGUAUUUGCAUUUGCAGAGAAAAGCGUGGGCUAUUUUUCUGCAGGUUGAUUGGUCAUUUUAGCUCCGUAAUGACUGUCAGUGAAUUUAGUGUGAUGGCACAUGCUCUCCACCCAUAUGAACAGUUCAACUGCUCCAGCUUCCUGUGGUGAAGACAUAGGCCAAACACUUUAAUGGACUUCCUGUGUCACAAAGUAGUCAAAAACAUCUGUGUCAAGUGCUUGUGCUUUUAAAUGGACAGUAAAAGCAUGAAACGCUAUCACUCCACAAUCUGCAUUUCAAAGCUGAAAGGUCAGAACCUGUAAAAGUAGAUCCAUAUAAAACAUGGCUGAGUAAUUGUUCUGGUGAUCAUUUCUGCGCUAAUUACCCAAAAACCUGUAUUGAACAUGUCGUGUGACAAAUAA